AUGAAGCAUACGGAAUACACCCAAAAUAUAUGUAUGAUUCACCUAUGGGAUAUACAGGGUCAAUCAAAUCAAAUCAUGGCCACUGCUGCGGUCGAAGUAUUGAAAAGAGCUGUUGAUAUCGCUACAAUUCCAGCUGAUAUCAUUGCAAAGCAAAUGUUUCCAAAAGUGCUACCCGAAAAUCAAUGGUAUGAACACGUGAAAGAAUUUUUGACAAAAAUUCCGAUGUUGGCUACAUCAUGGUUGAAACAUCGGCCGAAGAUAUGA